AAGAUUAAUUGGGUUAGCUAAAAAUCAAAGAUUCAGCAAUAUAUAUACCCAUGGUUAGUUUCCACUCCAAGAGUCCAAUGCCAUAAGAAGAAUUUGGCCAUUGUUUUUUUCUUCGUCUCUUUGUUGAUUUCUCUUAUUUUCUACCAUGUCGAAGAAUAAGAAGUCUAGCUUAGGUCGCCAAAAGAUUCCAAUUGAAAAAAUACCCAAAAAAAGUCAUUUGCAAGUUACAUUCUCUAAGCGUCGUUCAGGACUGUUCAAGAAAGCCAGCGAACUUUGCACCCUUUGUGGUGUAGAGAUCGCAGUUGUGGUUUUCUCUCCCGCAGAUAAGGCGUUCUCAUUUGGCCAUCCAGAAGUUGAAUCCCUCAUUGAUCGUUACACCACACGGAACCCUCCACAAGAGUCUAGUGCGCACCACCUUGUUGAGGCACACCGAAAUGCCAAUGUUCGUGAUCUCAACAUGCAACUCUCUCAGGUUUUCAACCACUUGGAGAUUGAAAAGAAGCGAGGGGAUGACCUAGACCAUGCGAGGAAAGCUAGGCAAAGGCAAUUUUGGUGGGAGAGUCCCAUUGAUGAGCUUGGAUUGAAUGAGUUAUUGCAGUUAAAGGCCUCUAUUGAGGAGCUGAAACUGAACAUAGAAAAACAUGCUAGCAAAUUCAUGAUUGAGCAUUCUAGUAAUAUUCCUUCUUCUUCACUUCUUGGACCUAAUAAUGGACUUGGUCCACUUGCAUGUUAUGACACCUUUGAGAACAAACCUGGUCCUGGGAUUGGUAUUGCUCCGUCAAUUCCAAAUGCCCAUUAUCUCGCUUUUCGCACUGGGUAUCUUUGAUUUUGAUUUGUUCUUUUUCAGUUUCUUUUGGCUUGCUUUUGGAUUCAGAGGGGUGAAUCACAAACCGGUACCUCACGAGUUGUGUAUUUCCUAUUGUUUUCCCUUUUUUCAAUAAAAAAUGGUUUUUAUCCA